AUGAAAAAUCUUAUGUUCAAAUCGAUUGCCAAAUUCUCACAGGUCAAAAAUAGUUAAUACUUUGUACAAUUAGAAAACUAAUAUGGAUGUCAUAAUUAUCAUCCAUUGCCUGUUGUAAUUUCCAAAGGAAAAGGAAUAUAUGUUUGGGAUCAAGAAGGAAACAAGUAUAUGGACUUUUUAGCAGCAUACUCAGCAGUUAAUCAAGGUCACUGUCAUGACAAGAUCUAUUAAGAAUUAAUACAAUAAGCCUCUCAAUUAACCUUGACUUCAAGAGCAUUUUAUAACAAUAAACUAGGAGAGGCUGAGAAGUACAUAACCUAGCUAUUCAAAUAUGAUAAAGUGUUAUUCAUGAAUUCAGGAGUGGAGGCAGGAGAAUCAGCAGUUAAAUUUGCCAGAAGAUGGGCAUACAAUGUAAAAAAGGUUCCUGAAAAUUAAGCAAGAGUUCUCUUUGCAAAUGGCAAUUUCUGGGGUAGAACUAUCGCAGCAUGCGGUAGUAGUGAUGAUCCCGAAAGAUAUAACAAAUUCGGACCAUUCGGUGGCUUGAACUUUGAUCUCGUCGAUUACAACAAUGUUGAAGCAAUUGAAUCUAAGUUUAAAGCUAAUCCAAAUUAUGCUGCCUUUUUCUUUGAAGCUAUCCAAGGAGAAAACGGAGUAAUAAUUCCCCAUUCAAAUUACUUGAAAUAAGUAAGAUCAUUAUGUGAUAAAUACAAUGUGUUGAUGAUUGUAGAUGAAAUCUAAACAGGUUUAGGCAGAACUGGCAAAAUGUUAGCUGUUGAAUAUGAAAAUGUCAGGCCUGAUAUGGUGUUGUUGGGCAAAGCAUUAUCAGGAGGAUUCUAUCCAAUAUCUGCAGUUUUGGCUGAUGAUUAGAUCAUGUUGCAAAUUAAGCCAGGAGAGCAUGGAUCCACAUAUGGUGGCAAUCCUUUGGCAGCCAGUCUGUGCAUUAAAGCCUUAGAAGUAUUAUAAGAAGAAAAAAUGAUUGAAAAUGCCAACAACCUAGGCAAAGUGAUGGAGAAAAGAUUAGUUGCUUUGAAGAAAUACAAUAAUGUCACUCAAAUUAGAAGCAGGGGAUUAAUGGGAGCCAUUCAAUUCUAAGAGGGAAAAGGGGAUGUUGCCUGGGAUUUCUGUCUUAGAUUGGCAAAAGAAGGACUUCUUUGCAAACCUACACACAAAACCAUUAUGAGAUUAACCCCACCCUUAAUCAUUAAUGAAUAAGAACUUAAUUCAGCUUUCGAUACAAUAGAAAAAGUAUUAAACACAUUAUGAGUGAUGAGUCUAUAAAUUAGAAAUAAUAUUAUUAAAAAGUGUAAUAAUAGAAAUAUUUUUCAA